GCUACUCUGCUCUAACGCGCGCGUCGAGGCGCCACAGCCGUUGUUGCCAUUGUGAUUCCAAAUGAGGUAGUAAUGUCAUCAAUGAAGGCGUUUUUAAAACCACUGAUAGAGAAAAACGAGGUGAUCCUGAUUUCCGACGAUGAGGACGAACAAGAUAGCCGGGAUACAAAUGUGACUGGACGAGUCCUGAAGAAGCACCGGCAGACAAGUAACAGUGCGACAGAUUGUAAUGAAAAGAAGACUAAUGGCACACCACCUUUAUGUGAACCUCAAGUGAUUUGUAAAACAGAACCCCCUGUAUUAUUCGAUGAAAUUGGAAUGAAAUGUGAAGCAAGGCACCUUCCGUCGUUGGGAAUAGAUGAACCGCUUAUAAGACCAGUGCCUGUGAACGAGGGAGAAACUUUCAACAGGGCCGACUACCAGGUUCCACCUCUGCUAGUUGAGAUGACGGAGCAAUCAAAUAGAAUUAUGGUUGAGUUCCUGUCAACCUGUAUGCCACUCAUCACCGAGAAGGAUCGUCCAUUAAUUAUGCGGAGGUUGAAGGAUAUACUGAGCCAGACAAACUUGCACUACCUGGCGUCUGAUCGGUUCCGUCAGACUGUUGCCUCUAUUGCGAGGUCCGUGCAGGAAGACAGCUCAAGUGCAAAUGUAUAUUUGCGCAUCAAAGAGCUUGCUGAUGAGCUGCGAUCUCGUCGGGAGAAGAAGAGUAAAAAAAAGGGCACAUUACCUUCAGGCCCGUCGACUGGUGGCUCAAACGCUUCUUCUGCGGCUGUCACUGGAAGCUCAGGGGAGGACACUUCAGAUAGCAAAUGUAUCAUACCAGCCAUGUGUGUGGCCUUUGACUCGGUAGCAUCACAGGCAAGAUUGUCAGCCUCGAAGUCUCCGACACCAUCGCCUACUAAUGCUGUGCCGGACAGUACGAGUGUGGUACAAACUGAGACAAGUAGUGUGGCUGCUGGAACGAAGGACUGUGUUUCUGAAAGCAAGAAGUUGGUGGGGACAAACCAUGAGGAAAAAUGUAGCAAUGGUGUUGAUAGCAUGGGGGAGACUAGUAGUGUCUCACAGAAGUCGGAGAAGCAGCUUCGGACCGAAAAGCACAUCAAGAAGCUGGAAAAACACCUCAUACAAUUGCAUAGGGCUAUAAAGAAGUUACGUGAAGAAGAGGUGGACCUGAGCUGUGAUGACAUCAACUCUGCCUACAUUCAGGAAGAUAGAUUCAAGAAAAAAGCUGUUGCUGUUUGGCGAAAGAUAUGUGAAUUAGAACACAGGCGUGCCUUCACGGGCUGUGAGCGGGAAAAGAAGUUCCACUACAAAGGCACCCGUUUCGUCGAGAUUAAUACCAGGGUAGAAAAGCUGGUCAACAAGCGUCGCAUAUUUCCCGACUUCAAAGAUAUCUUGGACGUGGUGCAAUCGGAGAAUGAAACAAAAGGCCUUGGACUAAAUUCAAGGGAGGAGAAAAACCUUGCACAAGAUGUGUUCGAGGAGGUUGGGCGAGAGUUGCAGAAAAGACGACAACGAGAUGAGCUUGCUGAUGCCCUCGCUUACCUGGAGGAUGGGCCAGGCUCGGCAUUCAUGGGUGAUCCAGCAGAGAGUGACAAAGAGCUGCUCGAAAAGCUCGAAAAUAAUGCCAAGCUGUCUCGGCGCAGGAUUGAUGAGGUGAUACAGGUGUACGUGGCCAAGCAGGAGGAGCUGAAACUGGAGGCAAAGGAGGUUGAGCAGGACAACUGUGACCAGUCCCCAAAGCCUAGUGAUGACAGUGGGAGUGAAGAUGAAGAUGAGGAUGAUAAUGACGAUGACUUGAGGGCCCCCCGCGAGAGCCUCCUUGAGAAUGACACCAGUCUUAGUGAAAGUCCUGUUGAGCAGGAGAAGACAAAACUGGAUCCACAGGAGAGGAAGCAGGACAUCUGUGACUUGUCUUCAGCGUCAAGUAACAGCAGUGAAGGUGAAGACAGUGAAGAUGAGAGGGAAAAUUGCAAGGAAGAGAAAUAUUCGAGGUUUAUUGAAAAGGAUCGCCUUGGGAAUGACAGAAGCUCGAAUGAAGAUGCAAAAGCGGAUGAAGCAGAUGCAGCGGAUGCAAAGGAGGAGGAAGCAGAUGCAAAAGAGGAAGCAGAUGCUGAAGCUACUUGCCGAGUCAACUCGCCAAUCACCGUUGAGGACAAAGAGAGCUCAUCGAGGUUGCUUGCUGAUGGUGAUUCACAUUCUGUUCUUGAAGGUGGACUGCAUGUGGAAGAAAGAGCUGAUUGUCGAGACAGCUCGCUAGCCACAGGCCUGGGCAAGAAAAGUUUACUCCUUGGCACUGAGACAAGCUGUGGAACCAAAGGUAGCCACAAAGAAGUGCCUCAGCUACCCACAAAGAAGCAGGAAUGCAGCCUCAAGAAAAGGUCUUCACCCGAGGCAGACGUCAUCACAAUACUGUCAGAUGAUGAGGAGUCUUUGCAUCCUCCAGCAAAGGUCCCAAAGUUGUGCCAGCACACAUGCCUUUAGGUAGACAUUGAAGGUGCAGGCUUGUUAAUAUUAGUAAUUUUAUACCUCUCAUGCACGAGGUUUAACAGUGCAUUUCAUCCCCCCCCUUUUUUUCUUCUUUCUUUUUGAUGGAGACAAUGCCACAGUUGUUCUAAGGGGCCUGUACACCUUUCUAAAGUGCAGUUCUUGGCUGUUUGCAUAAAUAAUUUUUUAUUUGAAGCAGUAGCAGGUUUACGAAAGUCUGAAGCAAGUUCAGCUUGUGUUCCUGCCUCCUCCAGUACAAUGCUGUUUUCCAUUGACUCUCAGCGCAUUUCGCACCUGUGCCGGAGCUCUGCAUCACAUGUCAUUUGGCUGUGCAGAAAAGCUUGUCUUCGCUCCUGGCUUCAGUGGUUUUGCGUGCACAAUUUAUGUCAGCUGACAGCACUAGCUCCCAUAAACAUUCUGAUGACCAGUGCAGCAAGCUCAUGUUCUUGAUAUUGCUUGGUGUGACAUUGGUUGGCUCCACUCUUGGCAAGAAUCCUAUCACCUUCAAUGUUACGAGCACCCUGGGACGCCCAGGAGCUGUAAUAGUUAGCCAACAAAUGUGAAAGGCUGCUUAGGGGCCCUUUUAUUAUGUACCAUGUGGUGAAUUUCUGAGCCGAUGUAUGAGCGUGGGAGCUUGAAAGAGUGGCUUGCACUUGUAAAUUUACAAUUUUAUUUAAGGCAAGUCGGAGAGUGUUAUAGUUUGUAUAUUGGGCCUUGUGCCCCGUGUUCAUGCAAUUCUUUGUGACAGGUAGUAAGGUUAAACUGCUGUCCAUAUCUUAAAACACUUGUACUUGCUUGAACGAGAAGAAAGGGGGACCUUGCUUGCUUGCCCAGAAUUAACUAAACUCUGGGCAACCCGGGUCACUGCCGCCAUGUUUUUACUUCAGGCUUUUGGUGUAUGAAUGCAAACCCUAGAGAUGUGGAUAUGUAGUGGUGCUCAGGCACAUCAGUAUUUUGUUAACUUUUUUUUAUUGACUGUGUGUACUUAAGCACUGUCUACACCUUUGCCACAAAAGGCAGGCUAGAUCCAUGUUCGCACCAAAUUUGCACAUUAAGCAUACACGACCAAACAUUGGUGGGCAAGCUUAAAUGAUUGUGCAAUUGCCUAAGGUGUAAUGGUUGCCAAAAGCUUUCUGCAGGGGCAAACAAGUGCCGUUUCAGUUGUGUAGUGAAGGAUCACAUGAAAAAAGCACAAACAAAAAUUCACCGCACCAGUGAUUUGUAGGCUUAGUUCAUGCUCUCAGGCUGUCCUUUUUCGUGGAAGCAAUCAAAGCACUUCAACCAUUUUUAAUUUUGUGUCUGCAUCAAUGAUGUGAAGGUGCAUGUUAAAUAAUUUUUUUAGUGAUCAUGAGCUUAACUAAUUAUGAUGCAAGUGCUUGCGUUACAAUUCCAUGAAAACACUGUUAAGGCAUAAGGUAAAGAAAAAAGAAGCUGACAUGUACAACACAGUUGUGAACUUCACUUCAUUAUUUUUGUAUGAGGAAUAAAACGGAGAGAGAGAGCAUGUACUAGUGCACAGAGGCACCAUUCAUGCACAGAGAAGAGAGACGUUUCUAUCUACACUUUGUAACAGCAACACAAACAGACAAUACACAAAGAUGACAAAGACCACGGGACAGGUGCUGAUUCACAACUAAGUUUUAUUCAUACACAACAAGGUAUGUACACACAGUAUCAUAUCAAAAUUCUUUACAUAUAUGUGUGUGCAUAAAUGACCUUGUGUAUGAAUAAAACUUAGUUGUGAGUCAUUGCUUGACCCACGGCCUUUGUCGCCUUUGUGUGCUGCCUGUUUGCACUGUUGUUGCAAAACGCUCUUAACCAACUCUCCUAACUUUCCAUCCUAUUGCAUGUUUCUGUCUAUAUGCAUGCCUAAUUUAUUAAUUUUUUUCCUUGAGUGGGGACGAAGAGGUAUUGGCUUGGUGUAGAAAAAGCGCUGAAUAGUAAUAAAAACAAUGUUUUUGUGUGAACUGGACUUGAACUGAAGAUUGCAAUUUUUGUUACUUUAAAAUGAACCGAAAAGAGAAAAGUAAUUAUAUACAUGACUACCUCCUGCUGCACUUCUUAUCCAUGUACUGGCUGCAUUUCACCGUGGCACGGCCUUGCAAGUAAAAGAGGUUUCUACCUUUGU